UUUCCUUCUCACCUUCAAUCUCUGAACCACCAAAUCUCAGUGCUUUGAUUACGAAGAGAACAGAUUUUCUUGAUUCACUAGAAACCCUAAUAAUAAUAUUCAGAAAACCUAAAAUUAAAAUUAAAAAAAAAAUUGACUUUUGAACAAAUGGGGAAGGAGAAGAAAACAGAGUCGUACUCCAAUGGGAGUUACAACUACAAGAUGUUCAAAUGCUUCAACCGCAAGUUCAAGAUCAACGAAGUCCAACCCACCAACGACGUCCGUGAAGCUUUCUGCCAAUUCUCCGUCGGCGGCGGUGGCCACGGUGGAAGCGACGGAGACGGAUCAUCCGGCGUUAUGGGGGCAGAGCAGCUCUGUUCUUUCCUCGACGAACACCAAGUCCAUUCGGUAACCACCGUCGCGGAGGCUCAACGGUUAAUCGACGAGGUUAUAAGACGUAGACACCACGUAACGCGUCUCACGCGUCACGGACUUGACCUAGACGAUUUCUUCAACUUCCUCUUUUACGACGAUCUCAAUCCUCCCAUCAAGUCUCACGUGCAUCAAGACAUGACAGCUCCGUUGUCUCAUUACUUUAUAUACACGGGGCAUAACUCUUAUCUUACAGGGAAUCAACUAAGUAGUGAUUGUAGUGAAGUUCCUGUGAUCAAAGCUUUGCAAAGAGGAGUUCGAGUCAUUGAGCUUGAUCUUUGGCCUAACUCUACUGGAACAGAUAUCAAUGUUCUUCAUGGAAGAACGCUCACAACGCCUGUACCGCUGAUCAAAUGCUUGAAAUCUAUAAGAGAUUAUGCAUUUUCUAGCUCACCUUAUCCGGUUAUCAUCACUUUAGAGGAUCAUCUUACAUCUGAUCUUCAAGCCAAAGUGGCUGAGAUGGCUACACAGAUAUUUGGAGAGAUGCUGUAUUACCCUGAGUCAGAUAGCUUGGAAGAGUUUCCUUCUCCUGAUUCACUGCUUCAUCGGAUAAUCAUCUCAACUAAACCGCCUAAAGAGUAUCUUGAAUCUAGGAACCCGCUUGUUAAACAGAAGGAUAAUAGUAAUGUAUCUCCAUCUUCAGAGGAAGAAACACCUGGAACAGAGGAGAUUCAGACACUAGAAAGUAUGUUGUCUCACCAAGAUUGGGAAACCAAGAGUGAUAGUGAUCAAGAGAGGGAAGAAGCGAGUGAAGAACAGAAACCAGCAUACAAAAGAUUGAUCACUAUUCAUGCUGGGAAGCCAAAGGGAUCGGUGAAAGAAGAGAUGAAAGUUGCGGUUGAUAAAGUGAGACGUUUGAGUUUAAGCGAGCAAGAACUUGACAGGACAUGUUCAUCCAACAGUCAAGAUGUUGUAAGGUUUACACAGAGGAAUUUGCUUAGGAUAUACCCGAAAGGAACAAGAAUCAACUCAUCAAACUACAAACCGCUUAUUGGUUGGACUCAUGGAGCACAAAUGAUUGCAUUCAAUAUGCAGGGAUAUGGGAAAUCUCUGUGGAUGAUGCAUGGCAUGUUUAGAGCCAAUGGAGGCUGCGGGUAUGUAAAGAAACCUAACUUCUUGAUGAAGAAAGGGUUUCAUGAGGCAGUCUUUGACCCUAGGAAGAAACUUCCUGUGAAAGAAACGUUAAAGGUGAAAGUGUAUAUGGGAGAUGGAUGGCGUCUAGACUUCAGUCACACUCAUUUCGACGCAUAUUCUCCUCCUGAUUUCUACACUAAGAUCUUUAUAGUGGGUGUACCAGCAGAUAAUGCAAAGAGGAAGACCAAAAUAAUUGAAGACAACUGGUAUCCAAUUUGGGAUGAAGAGUUCAGCUUCCCAUUAACAGUGCCAGAGCUUGCUUUGCUUAGGAUUGAAGUCAGAGAGUAUGAUAUGUCUGAGAAAGAUGAUUUUGGGGGACAAACAUGCUUACCUGUUUCAGAGUUGAGACCGGGGAUUCGAUCUGUGCCUUUGUAUGAUAAGAAGGGUGAGAAAAUGAAAUCAGUACGGCUUCUUAUGCGUUUCAUCUUUGAAUGAUUUGUUUUUAUAGACCGGAAAGAGAGAUUGCACUAUUUUCACAAAAGUUUUUGAGGUAUUGUAUAAUGUAGCA